GAACAAGACUUGACCAUGGAAUUGUUAAAAAAAAGCAAGUUACUGGAUGAAGCACAAAAGAGAAUAGAGAAGUCCCAUCAAAGUGAGUCCAUCCUACGCAUCGGUUCCGAGAAAAAUAAAUUUUGGCAUCAAUGUCGCAAACCGGGCCACAUGAAGCGUGACUGUUCGAUGUGGAAGAACGACGCAUCAGCAUCCUAUACGAAACGUGAUUGUCCAAUGAAGAAGAGCGAAGGUUCUGCCACAUCUGGUGGACGAGUGUCACAGAAGCACAAACAAAAGGGGAAAGUAGCGAAGACCUCACCAUUUGCUUUCUCACAACCGGAAGCAGUUGAAGACUUGGAUAGUCGACUCCGGUGCCACCUCGCAUAUGUGUUGCAAACCGAACAUUUUUCGAUGAACUGCAGCAAAGCACGGGUGUGACCAUCACUCUAGCUGACGGUUACAGAUGCGAUGUAUAUUAUAUGUUCCGGGUUUGGAAUCUUAUUUGAUUUCCGUUGGGAACCUCGUCAACAAGGGAACGGAAGUUACAUUUGAGAAAAUCGUGGCUGCUUGACUAGAUGUGGAGUCGUUAUAACAGUAGUUGCAAAGAAGAUAGGUGGACUGUACCAACUGAAGACUAGCCACGAACGAAGCAUGAAGAUUGUAAAGCAUACAAAAGAUUGCAUUCAUUUUUUGCAUCGCAAGCUAGGGCACCGGGACCCGAACGCAAUCCAGCGGGUUGUCCGUGAAGAAUUGGCAAAGAUCGUAUUUAUCAAAAAAAUUUCCGGACCUGCGUAUGUUGUGCUGAAGGGAAGAUUGCACGGAAGCCUUUCCUGUGGAAAACGGAGCGACAGUCGAUGAAGAUCCUGGACUUAUUACAUACCGACAUUUGUGGUCCCAUGAAUACCGUGACACCGGGCGGAUCAAGACAUUUUUUAGCCAUAAUCGACGACUUUAGCCGCUACACAGAUCAGGGCGCUGAAUAUAAGGCCAAGCGUCCAGGUCAAUUUUAUCGAGCCAAUUGAAUUGUUCCACAGUAUACAGCAGGUUACUCCCCGCAACAAAACGGAGUUGCGGAAAGAAAAAAAUCGGACGUUGGUGGAAAAUGGCCUGAUGUAUGUUAAUUGAUGCGAAGCUUGAAUAUCGCUGCUGGGCCGAAGCCAUCAAUACAGCUGUACACCUUCAAAACAUCCUACCAUCAAGGUUCAUCGAAAAGACACCAUUUGAAUUAUGGUACGAAAAACAACCGGGCUAGCAAACUACAUUUUUUUGGAUGCUCAGCUAACGUUUAUGUUCCAGCUGAGAAACGCACGAAGCUUGAUCCUAAGGGUGAGAAACUGACGUUCGUGGGGUAUGUUGAUAAUCAUAAAGCGGUCCGGUUCAUAGAUCGUACCAAUGAUAAAAUAACCAUCAGCCGAGAUGCGAACUUUAUAGAAAUGGAGGAUCAUGAGGACAUCAAGCAUUCGGAAAAGUUGGAUACUGAAAUCAUAGAGUACGAACCAGAAGUCGUCCAGCAGAUCAAUGUCGACUUUCUGGGUGAUCUUGUUGAUGCGGCUCCAGAACCUGAAGAAGAUAUGAACGAUGAUACUAUGGUUGAGGAGAAGCUAUCGAAUAUAGAUUCAAGCAUUCAUACUCCGACCGAACUACGCCGGUUAGACGAUCAUCCCGUAACACAAAAGGUGUGCCGCCUCUGCGUUCCCGAGAAACAACAGGAAUGGCAAGAAAGUUGAAAGAUGAGCCGAAAACAUACGACGAAUAAAUGAAUAGUCCCG